UUGAGGAAAAAAUUGCAAUGGCGGAGGGGUCGUCAAGGUAUGGAAAUUGGAUUGGAUACAUUCGAUAUGUGAAAGCGUUCUGUUUACUGUAUCAGUAAACGUUGCAUGGGUAAUAUUUGAGAUUAAAAACUCCACCGGUAAGAAUGGAGAGUCAGUCAGAUGAGUACGAGUAUGACGAAUAUGAAGACUUUGAUGCUUACUAUGAUGAGGGGCAAGAUGAGAUGGAACCCGAAGAUGAACGAGAACCAGACCCUGAGUGUUAUGAGUACUCAGUGUUCAGUGUAGAUGAGGCAAAAGCAUACCUGGCGAAGGAGGUACAGACGGCUGCUGAUGCACUCAAGGUUCCCUGCUAUGCGGCUAAAGCUCUCCUCAUGUCUCAUCAGUGGAACCUAGACGCUAUCCAGAGUCGAACCAAGCAAGACAUAGCCAACUUGUUGGUUGAGUGUGGAGUUCUUCCAUCGGCUGACAGCAGCCUCACAAAGGAACCUGCCAUCCCCAGUAACUAUGUCUGCCCAGUCUGUAUAGAGAACCAGUCCAAAGAGCAGCUGAGGUCACUGCUGUGUGGACAUUUUUUCUGCAAGGACUGCUGGUCACAGCACGUCGUGGUGCUCGUCAAUGAAGGAAGCUCAACAGGCAUCUGCUGCAUGGCUGAGAAGUGUCUCAUGAGGGCGCCAGAGGAUUUUGUCAUACCCUUGCUACAGUCGGAGCACCACAAACUGAGAUACAACGACUUCUACUUCAAGGAAUCUAUCAAGAAUCACAGUAGCCUCAGGUUCUGCCCAGGCGCUGAUUGUACCAUAGUUGUCUAUGCAGCCGAAGUCAAGAGCAAAAGAGUGGAAUGCACGCAAUGCAAGACAUCUUGGUGUUUUAAUUGUUGUAACAAUUACCACGCGCCGGCAGACUGCGAUAUCAUCAAGAAAUGGCUGACAAAAUGUGCCGACGAUUCUGAGACAGCCAACUACAUCAGUGCCCAUACGAAAGAUUGCCCUGUAUGCAACAUCUGUAUAGAGAAGAACGGCGGAUGCAAUCACAUGCAAUGCUCCAAAUGCCUUCAUAACUUCUGCUGGAUGUGUUUAGGAGAUUGGAAAACCCACGGCAGUGAAUAUUAUGAAUGCAGUCGCUACAAGGAGAAUCCCAACAUUGCCAGCGAGUCGGCCAACGUCAAGGCCCGGGAAGCCCUCAAGAAGUAUCUCUUCUAUUUUGAGAGGUGGGACAACCACGCCAAGAGCCUGCGCCUGGAGAAAGAGACCCUGAGGAAAUCCCAGGAGAGGAUCCAGGAGAAGGUUGAGAACAAGAUGGGGACGUGGAUUGACUGGCAGUACCUGCUGGCUGCCGCAUCACUACUUGCCAAGUGUCGCUACACGUUGCAGUAUACCUACCCCUUUGCUUACUACCUUGAACCAAGCCCUCGCAAGAAGCUCUUCGAGUACCAGCAAGCCCAACUAGAAGCGGAGAUCGAGAACUUGUCCUGGAAAGUAGAGAGAGCUGCCAGUUACGAUAGAGGGGACCUUGAGAAUCAGAUGAGCGUCGCAGAGAAAAGACGACAGACCAUGCUCAAAGACUUCUUCCCAGCGUAGACGGUUGCUCUCCGCUGCCCUCCAAGAGACACAGUGUAAGGAGCCAGGGCAAAUGCCCAAGUAGCUGCUAUGCAUGAAGUGUUGCCAGUGAUCUGACCAGGGUCCAAAUUGCCAUGGGGUUAACAGGGGUGAGUUUUUAUCAUGAGGGGUCACUCCAUGAGUUUUAUCUGUUUUUCUAAAUUCAGAACGGGAGGGGGGGGGAAUGGGGCGAUGCAGGGAAGGGAACCUACUGGCUUCAAGUGGGCUCAUCCUGUCCUUGGAUAUGCCACUGCAAACUGGAUAGCAAACUGGUUACUUCCAAGGCUCAAGUUGAAACUUACACAUGUACAUAGGUGAUGUUAGGCUGGAACUCAGGUUAACUUGUAAAUUUUUCAUAACUGUCAGUUUUGCGGCCUGAGAUUGGUGGAGAUACAUGUACUUGGAAAACUGCCUUGGCAAAAGGGUAAAGUGAAUUUGUUACCUCCUACAUUUCCUCAAUCAAGCUUUAUGUUCUCGGCCAGUUAUUUUUGGCCCAGGGGGACGUAUUGUCUUCCAGCAAUGUGAUUUCCCAUUUGUAUCCUGUAUUGCCAACAACCCCGACGGGCAUUUUAAAAGGAAACUUCGAGUACACACUUGAAAUUCAAUAGUGUGAGGUAACUUUCAACCAUGAAUUUUAUAAAACCUAAAUCAAAUCAGGACAUCAGUUCCAGUUGAAAUGCUGGAAAUUACUAUAUCAAAGGAAAGCCAGUCAUCAGGAAUUUGGCAGACUUAGAGUUCACACCUUUAAAAAUAUAACCAAUGCAGUAAACGAAAUACAUGCCUAUGAUAUAUGUCUGUGAUAAUAUUCACCAAAUUUGAUUUUGUUUAUUCAAGUAAACCAUCCAAAUAAACUGACUAGGGCCUGGCAUAUUGGUGAAAAGAGGAAUUGAUUGGAGUGAGAUUUGAACCGGUUACCAUCGGGCCACUCUGCCUGUGUCCUGUCAACAGGGUCAAGUUGGAUGAGUUACUACCGGUUAAACCUGCCUGGUACCCAGGAUUCGUUAUGCACAUAGGUUACUUAGGGAAAAUUUACCAGUGGUCAAUAAAGGGUAGCUUGGUCGUAGCUUUGUUAGAAAGACCUAUUGAUGGUUGGGUAAAAACAAAACAUGCCUGAUUUUUCUUUUGAUGAGUAUAAUUUGGGCCUACGACAAAAUAAUGGGCUCGGACAAUCCCACAGAUUUUUUUAUUAACUAUGUUUCAUAGCCAUUAAUUUGAAUAAAGGUGGAUUUUUGUGAAGUUGGUCACAGUUUAUGUCACAUUUGGUGCAUUCCAAAAUGGUUAUACUUAUGUUAGUAACCCAAUUAACUUACUAGUACUUACAUUCAUGUAUAUGUUAGGAUAAAAUAUUGCCUACCAUUUUCAAACCUUGUGGACUGGGUCACUGUGCACAUUCCAAUGACCUGCUCCUCUCUGGCACCACAUUGAGUGUUCCAGCCAUACGCGUCAUAUAUGCAGGUGCACACGUGUCAGACUUUAUUGGUUAUGGCUCUAUACAGCAGGGAUUAACCCUGGAUCAGUCUGUUUCAUAAUGCCAUACUUCGCAAGGCGCAGUUUGUUUCAAGCUUAAAACAAUUUUUAAGCAGAUGAUCAGCCUGCUCAUCAAGCAGUGCAUCCUUUGCUUCCAAAGUGAAGAAGCCAUUUCCAGGACUCCUAUAGGCAUCCUUCAAAUAAGGCAGAUCCAGAACCUUUCUGGAGGACCUACAGAUGGCAUCUCUGCAUGCAUUCUUUCUGGUCUUCUGAAGAGUGGGGAGGGGCAAUUUUUUGGUGUUGUACAACAGGAAUGGAAACUGUGUGAUAGUUCCCAAAAGUGGUAUUUGUCUCUUGGUAUAAAAAAAAUGCACACAUCAAAAUGUCCCUCAUUUUGGGGGGUGGGUGGGCUGUGGCUGUGUAUUGUGCAACCCCCCCCUUCAACAGUGACCUUGCUUCAGACAAACAUGGUUCGUGUGUUACGUAGCUUGUGAUGAUUAUUUGCAGACUUUGGAUGAGAUGGUACAUUUCAUAGUGCUCUUGGAAUAGAAUCUGGAAUUCCACUGGAUGGUUGUAGCAAACAGAGUUUAUUUACUAGUAGAACUCUGUGGGUUUGGGUGAAUAUGCCCAUAAAUUUCAGUUUUUCCCCUUCGAAAUUCGAAAGAUCAUGGGUAACUGCAUAACUCAUUCUUCACAUUUCAUUAGAAUGACAUGAUUUGUGAUGUGUCGAAAAUCGGUUCUGCUCCUAAUGUACUGCCAGCCAAUAUCCAUAUACAUGUAAAGGAAUGUUCUGUUUAAGGCUCGGGACUGGAUAGUCUUUAAGAAAGUUUGCUUUUUUGAAAGAUCUUUGGACUAACGUAUUUCCAAAUACAUUAAAGAGCAACGAAUUUCUGGGCUGAGGAAAUGCAGAUAGACUGGUCCCCGUUCCUGUUAUAAUAUGGACGUACCAGUAUAUCUGGCUGGCUUUUGGUAUCUGUGGUUGGUUAAGUUCUGCACAUGCACAAUUGCAUUUUCUAUUUAUAGAGAUGAUGUUGACAUAAAACCUUUCGUUCGCGCGCGUGACAGCCGAACUUCAGAAAAGUUAUUCCCCUACAAUAAUACCUUUGAGAGUGUGUUGCAAGUGGAAACGACUCAGUAGAGUGAGUGUUAAUCCAUUCUAAAAGUCUCACAAUGUUCUGUCACCUGACAGUGUUGCAUUGUGGGACUGAUAUAUGCUAAUUAUCUCAUUAACACAAACCCAGUAGGAUUCCUCCGGAAUCAUUACCCGCUACCGGUCCGUAGGUUUGGAGGAUGUCUGUAAGACGUUUGGAGACUACGCACGGGACGGGAACCAGUCUAUUACACGUAUACAUGUGCUUGACUAGAAUGAUAUGUGAAAGGCUUGUAUUUGGAGGAAAGUUCAUAGUUCCUCAACAUAUUGUAAUGAGGAUUGACUACAUUGAUUAAGCUCAGAACUGCGCUAAAAAUGAAUUUAAAUGCGUCUCUUUGCAAAUUGCUCGGUUGCAGAGAUUCUUUGCACACAAAUGAAUUGAGGUUUUUAUAUUAGAAGUCUAUGGGGGUUCUUCAGUUGUGGAUCCAGCAUUUUAAAGGGGGGUGGGGCAGAGCAUUUACAGAAGGGGGGUGUGGCCCAUCAUGUAGGUGAAAACUUUUAUUUGAGUGAUUAAAUAACCUGUUUAGGGAAACGAAAAGAACUAGGGAACGAGAGUAAAGGAAAUGGUAUGUCUUAAAAAAGAGAGGAAAAACAACUAAAAUCGGGGCAGAUACCCCCCCAGUCAAUCUGCUACUGGCCUUCUUUGCUUUAAUACUAGGAAAAGAUUCAGGUAGACUUAGGAUAUUUAUGUUUUGGGUAAAGGUUGUUAAGCAAUGCUGUCCAUUCCGUGUGGGUGUCUGACCUCUGUUGGUAUCGGUUGAGUGAUUUUGGUGAGCUUGUAUGAAUGUACAUACUGUAUUUACAACUAUAUAACCACUUCAAUUAGAAAGCGUACAUUUCACGGGAUUGUAUCAUUUUUUUAGUAGUCUGAAUUUAUGGGAAAUAAAUUUGCAUUUAACACUA